AUGGAGCGUCCCGUCACUGCCAGCCCUCUGUGGAACACUUCUCUGUCCGGUUUCCCCUUUCUGCCGGCGCUGCUGCACCCACAGUCAUCACUUAAUGGGACCCAGCCUGUCAUCAGUGCCCCCAGAGAUGGACUGAACCUGAGCCAGACUCUGGCAAUAUGUGCCAUGGUUGUGAUGGACGUUCUAGCGGUGGUGGGGAACCUUGCGGUGAUGGUGGUGAUCAGUCGGACGCUGCAACUCAGGAAGUUUGCUUUUGUGUUUCACCUGUGUCUGGUGGACCUGGUGGCUGCGCUGGUACUGCUGCCCCUGGGAAUGCUCUCUGAUCGGGUUUUAGUUAAUGAGACCCUAUGUCACUGCUACCUGUGCCUUUCUGUGUGUCUUGUGAGUGCUGCCAUUCUCACCAUCUGUGCGAUCAAUGUAGAGCGAUACUAUUACAUUGUCCACCCCAUGAGACAUGAGGUGAAGAUGACGGUGGGCGUGGUGGUGCUUGUGCUGGUGGGGAUUUGGGUGAAAGCUGUUCUCAUGUCUGUGCUGCCACUGCUGGGAUGGCUGCUGCAGGGUGGUCAGGGAAAGGGGGCCCCGCUGGACCUUGUCCCAGGCCAGAGGCAGUGCUCCCUUCAUUGGACAGGGGGGCAGCUCACACGGGUGCUCUUCAUGAGCUUUUUCAGUUUAAUUUAUUUUCUGUGUCCGGUGCUGGUUAUCCUAGUGGUGUACUGCAACAUGUUUAAAGUGGCUCGUGUGGCGGCCAUGCACCACGGCACACUGCCCACAUGGACCGACUCUUUCCGCCAGCGUUCAGAGUCUAUCAGUAGUCACUCCACCAUAGCAGCCAGCCUGAGUGGGACGGGGGCUCGCACCACCCCUCAGAGGAUGUUCAAUGGUGGUAAAGCCGCAGUGGUUCUACUUGCGGUGGGGGGUCAGUUUGUCUGUUGCUGGUUGCCGUACUUCUCCUUCCACCUGUAUUCGGCCACAGUGUCUGCGACGCCCUUCGCUCUGGCCCAGCUGGAGGAUGUAGUUACAUGGAUCGGAUAUUUCUGCUUCACCUCCAACCCCUUCUUCUAUGGCUGCCUGAACAGACAGAUCCGGGAGGAGCUGGGCAGACACCUAGCCUGUUUGUUCAAGCGGGCGGGGCGAGGGGAGGUGGAGCAGCUGCCCAGCAGAGAAGCCUCCAUCGAGGAGAACUUUAUGCAGUUCCUCCAGGGCACUGGCUGCAGUCUGGAGCCCUGUAACUCCCAAAGCAGAGCAAGCCUUGAGCCUGAGACAGAGGGCCUCGUUGAGCCCACAGACUGUAGCAUCCCAGGGCAGAUCCUGGAGGAAACAUCUGAAUUCAUUCAGCAACAGCAACUCAACAAUGAUGUGCAUGGAUCGGAGAGGGGCUUCAAGACUAUCCCAGAACUCUAA